AUGGGCGCGGAUGCGCGCGCACUGGCGGGGGCGUUUGUGCGGCUGCACGCCUACUUCCAGACGCACGACUGGGACCUGACAUGGGCGGACCCCCAGGUCAGCGCCGUCUUCACAGAGGAGUUCGCGGCAGCCGCCGCCGCCACGCUGCCCGCCGCAGCCGCCGCCGCCGCCCCGCUCUCCUCUCAAGCCUCCCCCCAGCCGCCCUCUAGCGCCCCGGGCCCCGCCGGCAACAACACUGUCGGCGGGCCCGCGGCGGCAGCAGCGGCGGCGGCGGAUGAUGCAGGUCUUGCGUUUGACUGCGCGGUCAACCCUGGGGCGGUUGCACCGCCGCCCCUGGAGGACCUCACAGCCCUUUUUGACCUCUUCAUGCACUACCUGAAAUUUCUGUGCGUCGGCCUGCCCGCGGGCGCGCCGGUGGUGCAGGCGUCGCACCAUGGGCCGCAGGCGCUGACUGGGCUGGUGUCUCAGCUGGUGUCGGGCCAGAGCCUGCAGGUCUGGGAGCACGGGGUACUGCUGCGGGAGAGGCUUAUAUACCUGGACUGCUUCAAGCGCGACCUGCUGCCCACCUUUGUGAACGAGCAGGUGCUGCGCUUCCACCGCGCAGUGGGGCAGACCCUGCUGUCCAUGGCGGACAUGGUGGUGCCCUGCAACGCGUCGUUCAACACCGCCUGGGAGCUCUGGCUGGGCGCGCGCGAGGCGCGGCUCAUGCCGCUGCUCAACGCACUGGAGAUCGACCACUACCCCUGCCUGCAGGAUGACGAGGCCCCGGUGCCCACCGCGUCGAUGCUGAGUCACGUGUACGCGCUGAAGGACAUCAUGACGGCCAUCAGGGCGGCCGCCGUCAUCGUCCACGACUACGGGGUGGCCAAUUACGUGAGCAAGAACAUCACGCCGCAGCAGCCGCCCCAGUGA